AGCGACCUGUCAGUAUAUAUAGCACCAGCCACAUCUCAGCAGGUGGCACAGGCGGCUUAGCUUCACCUGGGACUUCAGCAGGAACGGCCAAAGCAAGAUGAAGCUUUCCAUUGGCAUCAUUUUCUGCUUCCUGGUCCUGGGCGUCAGCAGCCAGAGAUGGUCGACAUUCCUCAAGGAAGCUGGUCAAGGGACUAAAGACAUGUGGAGAGCCUACUCUGACAUGAGAGAAGCCAAUUACAAAAAUUCAGACAAAUACUUUCAUGCUCGAGGGAACUAUGAUGCAGCCCGAAGGGGACCUGGGGGUGCCUGGGCUGCUAAAGUGAUCAGCGAUGCCAGAGAGAAUAUUCAGAGACUCACAGGCCAUGGAGCUGAGGAUUCGAAGGCUGACCAGGCUGCCAAUGAGUGGGGCCGGAGUGGCAAAGACCCCAAUCACUUCAGACCUGCCGGCCUGCCUGAUAAGUACUGAGCUUCCUCUUCACUCUGCUCUCAGGAGACCAGGAUGAGAGCCGCUAAGGGCUGGGGCAUUUGAACUAGAUUUACUGAAUUCCAUAUCCCUAGUAUUUACUACAGAAUGCAUCAAAACGCUUAAUAAAUGCUUGUGAAAUCCAAUUUGUCAUUGGAAUCUGGAAAUAAAUGACAGUCUUCAGUA